AACCUACGUUUCACCUGCGCGACUUAGGCCCGGCCGCCGGUCGGAAGAGGAAGUGGGAAGACGGACCACCGGUGAGUCGCCAUGGCCGCCGCUGCAACUUCAUCUCUCACGAAGUUCUUCUCCUCCCUCUCAAUCUCGAAAUCAUCACAAAUACACCAUAACUCCGUCUCUAUAAACCUUCAGUCUCUUCCAAAGUCUAAACCGGCUCGGUUGUUUGCCACCAGGGGCUCUGUUACGCCUUCUUCCCAGGAACCUAAGGGUGUUUUCUCGGGCAUGAGAAUUUACAAUGUUCUGAUCACCGUGGGUGAGAACGAGUCUGAAGACCAGCUGGUGAAUCGGUUCAGGCGGCAGGUCUUGAGAGCAGGGAUCUUGCAGGAGUGUAAGAGGAGAAGAUUUUUUGAGAAUAGCCAGGCGAAGAGAAAGAGGAAAGCUAGAGAAGCUGCCAAGAGGAAUCGCAAGAGAUGGUUUAGGAGGCCUCAAUCAAGAGCUGAGGAGCAGCCAAACAAGAAGACCCCUCAGAGGAAGAAUAGAGAUGAGGAAGAUGACAACUGGGACUUUUACCAAGUAGACCUCCCAUACUGUUCAUAGAAGAAGCUCACUGCCUUGAGUAAUUGAUGGGAAGGAUUAUUAGAUAAUGGGUAUAUUUUAGUUAAUAUUUAGUUUAGUUGUUAAUUUAGAUUAAUUAAAGUUUAACUCGAAUUUUAGAAUUAGUUAGUUAAUUGCCAAGGCUAUAAAUAGCUACUUAAGGGUUGCAAUAUGAAAAUUUAUAAAUAUCAUUUUGAAGUAGGAGUAUUGUUUUUGGAGAGCUCUCUCAACCUUUGGGAUGAACUUCAUUUAUUUGACUAUGGACUUGGCAUAAUAUCUUUACUUGCUGCAUCAGAAAUAUUAAACUCAAGCCCUUUAUCUCAAAAA